AUACACCUUCUGACGAAAAAUAUUGAUUCUUACGUUAUAGUACACACACACACCGUAAUAUCACGAAAUUACGUGAAUAUCAUGACACAACACAAGAAAGAGUAUUGAGAAAAAUAUAUAGUAUAUGAAUACAACGAACAUAUGGUGAAAAUUAAAAAUGGUCUUUUCAUACAAAAUCAUCUGUUUAGCAAUACUAUAGUUCAAAUAUGAUAUUCACAAUUAUAUAAUUGUAUGUCUUCUCAUCGUUCGUCUUUCACUAUCUCUCUCCAUAGAUUAUGAUAAUGUGUUAUUUUAUUCACUCAUGAAAAGAUGAAUUACAUCUAUAAAAAAUAAGGAAAUUAGUGGAAGAACGUUGUAGAAAGAGAUAAGUAUUACAUUUUAUAGAUAUAAGAAUGGAUCAAGUGGUUCGUAAUUGUUAAGUAUAAUGUAAAUAGACCAAAUUAUAUUGAUCAUACUUAUAAAUGAUCUCCGAAUAUCUAGCAUUCUAUGGAUUUGUCAUGCUAAAAAAAUUUAAAAUAUUCUUAGUUAUAUACAAUCACGGCUCGCUAACAAAUAUUGAUUGUUGAAAGUAUGGGUGUGGAUCACAUUAAUACAUGAAAACCAACUACACCCUCAAAUAUCACCUUUGCAGUAGAAUGGGUGAGUGUGAAAGAGACUUAUAUUUCGGCCACAGUCAUCACACUCACAUCCUCUAUCUACUAUACGAUGUUAGGUGUUGAUUGUUGUUUUUGUCAAUGGGGUGGAGAUGCGCGACCAUUUAUCAGCACUAAUCCUCUUGGUAAUUGGACUUAUCUCAGCCAAUUAGAUUAUUAUAUUGUGCUGAUGGAAAAGUUUCACCAGGUCAUCUAGAUGGUAUGAAUAUCAAUCCAUGCUCAUUUAAUGAUCCGUAUGGAACAAAUUUCACAGUUCCUGCGCAACAAUUCAAUGUAGCUAUACCUAUACCGAUAUCAUCCGAAGAAACUUUAUACAUGUACUAUGGAAUCAAAGGUCAUGAUUUUCAAGCUUGGGUACCAAUAGAAUUUAUGGAGAAUGAUAUUCCAGAACCUAUGAGAUUUUAUAAUAAUUUUACUCUUAAUAUUCAAUAG